GGAGUUCAGUUAAGAAAUGGCGGGAAAAACAGUUCUUGCUGGUGACGUGAUAAUCGAGCCGAUGGAGAUGAUAAAGUCGAGUAAAAAGGUGAUUCUGGGGCCUGGUUUGCGCAUGGAUCAGGACGUGGUGCGCGCCAGCAAGUGUGGGCAGCUAAAAACGAAACCGCCGAACACGUUCUGGGUGGAUGCUCAUCAGAAGCGGUACGUGCCAACACGCGGGGAGCUAGUAGUCGGCGUUGUCAUGGCAAAAGCAGGGGACAUCUUUCGUGUGGACAUCGGCAGCAGUGAAACAGCGUCCCUGUCGUAUGUGGCCUUCGAGGGAGCUACUAAGAAGAACCGGCCAGACGUGAACAUCGGAGAUAUCGUCUACGCGCGGCUCCUGAUCGCACACCCGGACGUAGAACCCGAGCUCGUUUGUGUGGACUCACACGGGAAGAAAGGAAAACUAGGAAUUUUGCAUGAUGGAUUUCUGCUAAGUUGCAGUCUGAACCUGAUACGAAAGAUACUCAGUCCAAAGUGUACGUUCCUGAGUUUACUGGCCAAAGAGCUGAAAUUUGAGAUGGCUGCUGGGAUGAAUGGGCGGCUUUGGAUACGAGGGAAAACCGUUAAAGAAACCAUCGCCAUCGGAAAUGCAAUUUUAGCAUUGGAAUUUGUGCCAAACAAUCAGAUCCGUGAACUUUGUGACGACAUCGGUUCGUAUGUAGCAGGAUUCGCGAAAUAAAUUUGUACGACCCUUUCGAAACCAA